UACUGUCUGUGCAUGUAUGUGUGUUUGUGUCAGCGCAUGUCUAUCUGUAUGUGCAUGCAUUUGUGCAUUUCUGUGUCUGCAGACAACAAGGAUUAGUGGAAGACACUGAAACAGAAACACAGACUCGGACUGAAGCGGUCCCUGGCACCGUUCUGUGGUCAUGGUCAGCAGCUUUACCCACAAUGCCUGUCUUUUACUCCCCUGUUCCCCAGAACCUGCGGAUGGGCCUGGCCUAUGUGGGAGGCUCUGUCUUCACCAACAACCGGACGGCGGAUUCUGACUUCACCAGGGAGCAGGAUGACAGAUCCGCGGUCAACGAGCUCGUAUCUCACCUUCCCCUGCAGAUGCUGCUGUACUUCAACAUGUUUUACUUUCCCUGCUGGUGGUUCUCUGCUGUCUUCAUGUUGGAAUUAAAGUUCUAUUAUCUGGCUGGAUAUUACCAGGCUCUGCUCGUAGCUGGGAUGAUCCUCCUCACCAUCAUUGAAGUGGCCCGACUUUAUUUGGGUUACAUUGGCAACCUUAGAGAAAAGGUGCCAGAGCUGGCGGCCUUCUGGCUGCUGUCCUUCAUGUUCCAGCUGCCAGUGUUGCUGUUCUUCCUGACCGAUGAGGGAAUUAUUAUCCUGCCCCUGGAGAGAGCCGUCCACUCCCUCUACCUCCUCUUCCUGCUUGCCCAGAUCCUGGCUGCCUUCCUAGCUCUCAGGACCAUGACCCGAAAGCUCAUCCUCCUCUUCCAUCUGCGCCAGUUUGGUGAGUUGGAGAGCUUCCGACCUGCAGGCAUGAGUCCGGUCUACGGGCUGCCCCACCACCGAAGCGUCCUGCCUAUGUCGCCCCCGGGUAAUGUGUACCAUUAAAAAGAGAAGCAAAAGUAAGCAUAUGCACUUACUCUAAACCUGCCUCAUCUACUUUUACUUCAGUUAUUGAUUUCCUGUGCUCCCCAGAGUGACUUUCAACAACCUCCAGAGCACAGAGGUGAAUGUGAUGCUUUCAAUCAAAGGUGGACAUAUGGGCCUAUAAAUAAAGCCAUUCAGCCAGCCAGCCAGUUCAUUAACACUGGCCCAUGUUCACAGCCAUGCCCUGUACUCACAACACUUUUUAUGACUGUGUCUCUGCGUCUGCGAUGCUUUUCUCCCUGUAUGACAGUUCAAUAUUGCAGCACAAUACCAAAUCUAAAAAGAAGUCCUUCCUCUGCUAUUUCUGAGAGGGUAACAUCAAAACCUGAAGGUCGCCAUUGAUGUUAUAAAGGACAGUGCAGUUUUCUGCUGUCAGACUUUAUCGUAGCCGCAACAAAGAUGCAACACCAAACAACAAAGUGCACCCAGAAAUACGGGUUAUACUGCCAAUGACGGUUCAGUUUUAAUGUAUUCAAGUUGGACUUUUUCUUUGAUGGUGGUUGUUCUCAUGGCAAGACGGAGACCAUCAAAUCAUGAUUAAAGCAAGCUUUCCGCAAGCCAAUGUGGAAUGAUGUGAAAUGCAGAUAUAAUUUUGCUAAUUCAUUUUUUAUAAUGCCUCUGUAUUGUGUUGCAUCACAGAUUUUGUAAGAAGUUGGAUGCGUGAAUCAAACCUAACCCCAGCCCGUUGUUUGUGAAGUGAAGGAGUUUAGAUGGAACUGCAGCAGAAUUGUGUUAAAUAUUUAUGACCACACAGUGGCAGUCAGCGACCAAAAGAGGCUGGAGACGAUUUGGCAGUGCUGCAAAGUCCAAUGAAAACAGAUUAUCAUGCAGCACAUGUCCUCAUCAAAAAGCCCUCUGGCAAAGGAAGAAAGGUUAGACCUGUCCACAGUUAUAGAUGAGGCAUUGUGUCAUUUGAUAAUCAAUAACUAUGGUCUGGCAAACCUAUUUCCAAUUGUGAUGUCUGUGUGUGUUUAUCUGCUCUUUUGAUAUGUUCUCAAUAAAAAUGUUGCCACUGUAGGAGUCUUUUUUUUUCUUU